CUCCGUAUUUUCAUUCAGUCCCAGAAAGCGGAGAGGGGAGGAGGGUGAGAGGGGCAUUUGACUCCUGUCUCCCAACCCCCAGCCGGACCGUGCGAGGUGGAUUUGGGAAGAAAAGACUCCAAACCUGCGACGUGGAGAUAACGAAAGAAGCAGAAGGAGACGUUUGGAGAUCCACGCGCGGCAUUGUCGCGUACGGAUUACCGUGGGUUAUUUCUGUAUUACUUUUAGGUUUCUUUCACUGAAGAGAUUCUGCUCCGGAGCCUCUGAUCGGAGAAGGAAAUUAUGUGUUUAUCUACGCUACACUCUCCAUUCGUUGUUGACUACUUUGCCUAACCAAAAGUGGAAUAUACCGUUUUCUCCCAAGAGGAGAUACACAAGGUCGCUUUUUCUGGGAAAAUAAGUACGACCGUUCACUCACAAAGGAGAAACCAAAGGAUUUAAAGGCUCCCCCCCAUUGUGGGGUUGUGCCUUACUUUUCACUAAAAGUUCCAAUUGCUGUCUUUGGAUGACCUCUGUUGGGCUUGAAAUAGGCCAAUGGCAACAGAUGGAAAAGUCCUCAGCUGAGAAUGACAGAGUGCCAAACCAUCUUGCCCACAGAACUCAAUUUUCCCGGUGCGGUUGGGGCCUUGGCUUUCCAGCCAGGUCGGCGAUAAGCACCCCUAUCCCAGCCCCGCCCCCCUUGCACGCCCAUUGGAACCAAGAUGGCAACAAGGUGUGCUGCUCCUCUCCCUUUGCCACUCCUGCUGCCUGUUACAACUCUGCUGCUAUCACUGCUGCUCACUGGCUUACACGCCUUUUCACCACCACGAUUUACAAAAGUCCCUGUUGACCAGAUAGGUGUCUCUGGGGGCGUGGUGUCCUUUGUUUGCCAGGCGACAGGUGAUCCCAAGCCGAAGGUUAGCUGGAAUAAAAAAGGGAAAAAGGUCAGCUCCCAGCGUAUAGAGAACAUUGAAUUCGACGAAGGUGCUGGCGCGGUACUUCGAAUUCAGCCUCUCCGUGCACCGCGUGAUGAGAACAUCUAUGAAUGUGUGGCAGAGAACAGUGCUGGUGAAAUCACAGUCAAUGCCAAGCUGUCGAUCAUCCGAGAGGACCUACUCCCUACCGGGUUCCCUACCAUUGACAUGGGCCCUCAAUUGAAAGUCGUGGAGCGCACUCGGACAGCAACAAUGCUCUGUGCAGCCAGUGGUAACCCAGACCCAGAAAUCACCUGGUAUAAAGACUUCCUACCCGUUGACCCCAGUGCAAGUAACGGGCGAAUCAAACAGCUACGCUCAGGUGCCUUGCAGAUUGAGAACAGCGAGGAGACGGACCAAGGAAAGUACGAGUGUGUGGCGUCUAAUUUGGAAGGCGUUCGCUACUCGUCCCCUGCUAACCUCUAUGUGCGAGAGCUUCGAGAAGUCCGGCGGGUCCCUCCUCGCUUCUCCAUUCCGCCAACGAGUCAAGAAAUUAUGCCUGGUGGAAGUGUAAACAUAACAUGUGUGGCAGUGGGGUCCCCCAUGCCUUAUGUUAAGUGGAUGUUGAAUUCAGAGGACUUGACACCAGAGGAUGAGAUGCCUGUGGGUAGGAAUGUUCUUGAACUGAGCAGCGUCCGUGAGUCAGCCAACUACACCUGUGUGGCCAUGAGCAGCCUUGGCAUCAUUGAAGCUGUGGCACAGAUCACUGUCAAAUCGCUUCCGAAGCCUCCGGGUACUCCUGUGGUUACUGAAACCACUGCCACCAGUGUGACUAUCACCUGGGACUCCGGCAACCCUGACCCAGUAACUUAUUAUAUCAUCCAAUAUCGUGCAAAAUCGCCAGAGAGCAAGUAUGAGACCGUGGAUGACAUCACCACUACACGAUACAGCAUUGGUGGCCUCUACCCCAACACAGAGUAUGAAAUUCGUGUCUCAGCUGUCAACACGAUUGGUCAGGGUCCUCCCAGUGAACCGGUGGAAACCAGAACUGGUGAACAAGCCCCUGCAAGUCCACCUCGUAACAUUCAGGCUCAGAUUAUAUCCCAAAACACCAUGAUGGUACGCUGGGAAGAUCCAGAGGAACCAAAUGGGCAGAUUAAAGGCUACCGGGUUUAUUACACCAUGGAUGACUCCCAGCCUAUGAGCCUCUGGCAGAUUCAUAAUGUUCAAGACAGCAUUAUCACCACAAUUCAGAGCCUCGUUCCACAAGAGACCUAUACCAUCAAAGUCCUAGCAUUUACCUCAGUUGGUGAUGGACCCUUCUCAGAGCCAAUCCAUGUCAAAGUGCUGCAAGGAGUCCCUGGCCAACCAUCCAAAUUCCAGGUUGGUGAUGUGUCAGAUACCAGCAUUGAACUGACCUGGGAACCAGCCUUUGACAAAGAAGGAAUUAUAAAUUAUGAACUCCGCUACACCGAGGGGAGUUUUGGCUCUCAGAUCAAGAAAACAUUUGGACCCACGUCUUCAUACAUUGUUGAAGGUCUCCGCCCAAACACAGAGUAUCACUUCUCCCUGGCUGCUAUCUCUAACAAGGGCAUUGGGGCGUUUACCAAUGACAUGUCACAGAAGACCUUGCAAGCCAAGCCCUCAGCCCCCCCUCAAGACAUUAAGUGCAGCAGCACUAGUUCCACCACAUUGCUGGUAAGUUGGCACCCCCCGCCAUUGAAGAGUCAGAAUGGUCUACUGGCGGGGUAUAGGGUGCGCUACCAGGUGGUGGAACAAUCAGAGGGAAUCAGUGACGAUGUGGAGCCAAUGGAGGAGCCAACUGUGCCUGCCACCGAAGAACAGGUGCUGCUGCAGCGGUUGGAUAAAUGGACACAGUAUCGCAUCACUGUGUCUGCUUUCACGGUUGUUGGGCCGGGCCCUGAAAGUGAGCCGUUAAUCUGCCGGACCGAUGAAGACGUUCCUGGAAGCCCUCCAAGGCGAGUAGAAGUGGAGGUCUUAAACUCCACUGCCCUUAAAGUCAUGUGGCGUUCUCUGAUGCCAGGAAAGCAGCACGGUCAAAUCCGUGGCUACCAGGUCCACUAUGUCCGUGUGGAGAAUGGGGAGUCCAGGGGCCUGCCCCUCAUCAAGGAUGUCAUGCUAGCUGAUGCGCAGUGGGAAACGGACGAUACAGCUGAAUAUGAAAUGGUUAUUGGAGGUCUCAAGCCGGACACUACUUAUUCCAUUACUGUAGCGGCAUACACCACCAAAGGUGAUGGAGCACGGAGCAAACCCAAACUUGUAGUGACCAAAGGUGCAGUGCCUGGUCCACCCAUUUUGUCAGUGACUCAGGAGUCGGAAACAACAGCUCUUGUACGUUGGGACCCACCAGAUCUAAAAAAUGGCAUGGACCUGCAAGGUUACAGGCUCCAGUUUGGUCGUAAAGAUGUAUCACCUUUAGCCACAUUAGAAUUUUCUCCCCAAGAACGGCAGUACUCCUUGGGCAACAUUCACCGGGGAGCCACCUACCUAUUUAAACUAUCAGCCAAAAGCAGAGGCGGCUUUGGAGAGGAAGCUGAUGUGGAACUUGGUGUUCCAGAAAAUACACCAGGGGGAUAUCCUCAAAUGAAUGAAGGUUCUAAUGUGACUUGUUGCUCGGUGCAACUGUCUUGGUCACCACCAGUUCUGGCAGAGAGGAAUGGUGUGAUCACUGAGUAUACAUUGGCCUAUAAAGAAGCUGGUUCCGGAGGAUUACAAAGAGAGCUCCAGCUACUCCCAAACUUAUCAAGCUACGUACUCAACAACCUCAAACCAAAUUCUGCGUAUGAUGUGAGAAUUCGUGCACACACCAUUGUAGGUCCUGGCCCCUACAGCCCACCUAUCCAGUAUCGGACGGUGGCCUAUGAUCCAACAGAUGUUCCAAAGAACUUUACCAUCAAGUGGGCAACCAAGACAACAGUGGUCCUUGCAUGGAAGUUUUCUGAAAGCAGGUCUGCAUACAAAUGCACGAUUGAAUACAACCGUCAGAAGAUGGAGGUAGAUGCUAGGAAGCUAAGGGUGUUUAUAACUGGCCUAAGGCACAAUACCACCUAUGAGUUCAGAGUAACCUGCCAAGAAAGUAUGGAUGGUGGACCAAGACACCGUGUUGUGGCCAGGACUGCACCCCUUAUUCUGGCCAAGCAACCGAAGCUGGACAUCUAUGAGGAGCCUGACAAUAUUCUUACCAUGUCAUUUCCACCAGUUGAUGGCAAAGAUGUCAAGAAUUUCUACGUAGUUGUGGUUCCACUGAAAAGAACCACGGGGACUGUUAAAAAUCUAAAGACUCCUGACGAAAUGGACAUGGAAGAGCUGUUGAGUGAAGUGAUCCCUAAGCGCCGGUCACGUCGUCAGCUGAGCCAGUUGGACCAGUGGAAACCUUACAUCAUUGCCUGCUUCCGGCAGCUUCCCUCCAGCUUCACUGUGGGCUCUGACCAUCGGCAGAGCAGUUGUGAGAACAAGGGUCUUGAACCUGGCCAGGAGUAUGUCUUCUUCCUCAUGGCAGAACUUAAUGCUACAGCCGGGAAAAUGUUUGCAACCAGUCCUUACACUAAAACAGUGUUGACUCCUGAGCAAGUGCAUGACCCACAACCUGUUGAGACUGGCGGCGAUGGCCUGAUUUGGGUAGUAGGCCCAGUCCUUGCUGUGGUUUUCAUCAUCUGCAUUGUCAUCGCAAUCCUUCUCUAUAAAAAUCGCAAGAGAAAAGAAUCAGAACCACGCACAAAAUGCCCGCUGAACAACGCAGACAUCACGCCGCACCAUCCUACCGAUCCUGUGGAAAUGAGACGGAUCAACUUCCAAACACCAGAUUCUGGUCUAAACAGUCCUCAGAGUGCAGCUGAAAUUGAAUAUGAAAGUAUGAUGAAUCACCCUCCCAUUCCCAUCUCCGAACUGGCUGAACACACAGAGCUUCUCAAAGCCAACGACAACCUGAAACUCUCCCAAGAAUAUGAGUCCAUUGAUCCAGGCCAGCAGUUCACCUGGGAACACUCUAACCUGGAGGUGAACAAGCCCAAAAAUCGUUACGCCAAUGUCAUUGCCUAUGACCACUCCCGUGUCAUCCUGGCACCCAUUGAUGGGAUUACAGGUAGUGACUACAUCAAUGCCAACUACAUCGAUGGCUAUAGGAAGCAGAAUGCAUACAUUGCCACCCAGGGUCCUUUACCAGAAACAUUUGGAGACUUCUGGAGGAUGGUGUGGGAGCAGAGAGCUGCCACAGUGGUGAUGAUGACCAAACUGGAGGAGAAGUCACGGAUAAAAUGUGACCAGUACUGGCCCAGUCGUGGCACAGAAACCUAUGGUAUGACCCAAGUGACUCUGCUGGACACGAUAGAAUUGGCCACUUUUUGUGUACGCACCUUCUCUUUGCACAAGAAUGGAUCCAGUGAGAAACGUGAAGUUCGUCAGUUCCAGUUCACAGCGUGGCCUGACCACGGUGUGCCGGAAUACCCCACCCCAUUCUUGGCCUUCCUACGUAGGGUCAAGACAUGUAACCCACCUGAUGCUGGACCAAUCAUCGCCCACUGCAGUGCUGGGGUUGGUCGGACGGGUUGUUUCAUUGUCAUUGACGCCAUGCUCGAGCGAAUCAAGCACGAGAAGACUGUAGACAUUUAUGGCCAUGUGACACUGAUGCGCUCACAGCGGAACUACAUGGUGCAAACAGAGGACCAGUACAGCUUCAUUCAUGAUGCAUUGCUAGAAGCAGUGGCUUGUGGAAACACCGAGGUGGCUGCCCGCAGCCUGUACUCAUACAUCCAGAAGCUGGCCCAGGUAGAGAGUGGCGAACACGUCACUGGAAUGGAGCUUGAAUUCAAGCGUUUGGCCAACUCCAAAGCCCACACGUCACGCUUCAUUAGUGCCAACCUCCCCUGCAACAAGUUCAAGAAUCGCCUGGUAAACAUCAUGCCCUAUGAGACCACACGUGUCUGCCUGCAACCAAUCAGAGGCCUGGAAGGAUCUGACUACAUUAAUUCCAGCUUUAUUGAUGGAUACAGGCAACAGAAAGCCUACAUUGCCACACAGGGCCCUCUGGCAGAAACUACAGAGGAUUUCUGGAGGAUGCUGUGGGAGAACAACUCCACCAUUGUAGUCAUGUUGACCAAACUGAGGGAGGUGGGAAGGGAAAAGUGUCACCAGUAUUGGCCAGCAGAGCGUUCUGCUAGGUAUCAGUACUUUGUGGUGGACCCCAUGGCUGAGUAUAACAUGCCUCAGUACAUCCUACGAGAGUUCAAGGUCACAGAUGCCAGGGAUGGCCAAUCCAGGACAGUAAGACAGUUCCAGUUUACCGACUGGCCAGAGCAAGGUGUUCCAAAAUCUGGCGAGGGUUUCAUUGAUUUUAUUGGCCAGGUGCAUAAAACCAAGGAACAGUUUGGACAGGAUGGACCAAUCUCUGUCCAUUGCAGUGCUGGUGUGGGGCGGACUGGAGUCUUCAUCACCCUCAGCAUCGUCCUGGAGCGAAUGCGUUACGAAGGUGUUGUUGAUAUCUUCCAGACAGUGAAGAUGCUCCGGACACAGAGGCCAGCAAUGGUCCAAACUGAGGAUGAGUACCAGUUCUGCUAUCACGCCGCUCUGGAGUACUUAGGAAGCUUUGAUCACUAUGCAACGUAAAAGCCAUCUCUUUCCCCCAUGAGUCCUGUCCCCCCCAUCAACAGUCUCCUGAGCCAUGAAAACUUUUUGAAACAUCAGUGUCACAACAAUGACACUCUUCAUUAAGAUGCAUCGAACAAAGAUUUUUUGGCACCACUUCAACCAGAUUAAUUCCAAUCAGGACAGGCUAGUUCAUAUUCCAAAGUUAAGAAAAGAUGACCACCAUCAGGAGUGGAACCCGGAAUCAUUGGCUCAAACGGUGGGGGCGAUCCAAGUGUCUGACUUCUUACCUUACCUCAAGUGUUUCCAUACCGACAUUGUAAACAGUCGCCAAAAUGUCACACAACAUGUGAAGUACAGGGCAAAUAUCAAUGAGCUGGCUCUAGCCAAGAAGGAGUGAUUUUCUGUCAUGAUUUUUGAUAUUCCUGGAUGUAGAGGAAGUUACAAGUAUUUUUCCCGCUUUCUGACAUAUUUUGUGAGUAGUGUUCAGAGAAAUGACCAAAUGGUGAUCGCAUCGCUCUCCCAAACUCAACCAAAAGCAUGGAGACAGCAAAGUAUGUGAUCAGCAAAGAAACACUAAUGAUGAGCAAUGUUUGUUUGGAGAGAGUGUGACGGUAAAUCUCACAUCACAUGAUCAGAAGGAAAAUCGUCAGGACGUAAGCAACAUCACGUAGCUUCAGAUGGGUUCUCUCACCAACUGGAUACUCGUCUGUGAGUCACCAGAGAGCUGUGGGACGCUGUGCCUGUAAAAAGAAGCUGGGUUGUCUGUGACCCAUUUUUUUUUUUUUCUAUCGACUUUGGGGUUGCAAUCUAUAGAAGACAUACGUCAGGCAAGAAGCUUUGGAACAACCAGAUUAACUAGACAAAGAUGGGCCACAAAGCCUUUCUGUGUGUAUAGUGACAAAUGCUCAUCCUAAAUAUGUCAAUAUCUUUUUUGUUUUAAGUUUUUUGGGUUUGUUUUCUCAACCAAACAUGCUGCUUAUCUCAUGUGCGUGUGACUCGUAAAGUAGGUUUAUUUCAAAAGACUCAGAACAAAUUGGGCCUGUUUCAAUUACAAAUCCUGGUGUUGGAAACAUUUCCUUUAAGAUCCACCGUACGCUCAUUUGUUGGAUUAAAAAGCGCUUUACUUUGAACCCUUCAUACUCUGUGGUUGAUAAAAGUGGAGCUACUUAGCUCUCAAUGCUACGAAUAAACACUUCGGUAUAAGUUAAUUGCACAUCCUUGAGAAAAAGAACUUGAACAAAGUCCUGGUGGGAAAAAAAACUGCAGGUUGGAUUUUACGCACUAAUUUAAAUGUGACCUAUGAAGAUCAACUCAGCGAGUUUUUAUUUUAAGGCAUCAAUGCUUUGGUAUGCGCUUCUUUGGAUUCUGUUGAAGGUUUUUGAAAGAUGUGCACAAAACAAACAACCAGAGUGAUGAAUGGACAGAACUGUGUGUAAUCUUUUUGUAUUUCCAAAAAGCCUUAUUGUUAUUGUAACAUUAUAAAAACAUCAGUGUGGUAUUAUGCUGACUUAUUUUGCAUUACUUAGUUAACGUUUUUCUUUUCAUUUUUUAACAGAGAUGUUGUAUCACAUUUUCUAAAAAGAAAUAGCAAAAGAUAAAGUGCUUAUUUGUUCGUAUUAUGUUAAAAGACAUUCUAUUUUUUCACUGUAGAAAUGUUCAGUGUGUCUGUGUGUAUGUGUGCAUAUAUGCACAUAUAUAUUGCACACUCACACCGUCAUAUAUAUUUAAAUGAAGACGAUAAAAAUAUAUCCAUCUUGGUAACCUGUUUUUUUCUUUUUGAGUUGCCCAACCAGCACAGUAUUUGAAGACGACUUCCUUUUAUAUUUUCCAGUUUAGCAUUUCUUUUUAACCCAAAAAAAUCAUCAUGCCGGUUCUGAUGAGGAUAUGCUUUACAGAUCAUUUUUGAAUAGAAUUCACCAAGGUUAUUAAUUUUGUAGACAAUAGUAUUAUUUUUAUUUGUUUCUGCCGAAGGAAAACUAGUCCACACAGUAUCUAACAAUUCAAAAUGAUUAUAUUUUUCUUGUUAUCUGAAUCUGAUUUGACAUAAUGUAGUAUUAUCAUUAACAGGCUAUGACCCUUGCUUUAUGAAAAUGCGUGUUCUUUGUACGUUAUUUUUUUAACUUACUUAUUACUUUCCAUCAUAUUGUGGUAAUUAAUUUUUGUUACAUAUACGCAACAAUCUACGUGUAAAUAAACAAAUAUAUAGAGUAUAUGUAUUUGUAAAUCAUUUGACCCUCAAGAGUUUAAACGGUGCAUUAGAGCUGUACAAGGAGUUACUUUCCACCAACUUGAUGUUGGUUUAAUUUUCAUUUCCGAAAAUAACUUUCUCCAAUCCAGCUUCCUGGUGUUUACCAAGUUAACCAGGUAAAAAGGUACCAUGUGUUUCUUUUUUUUGCUUUUAUAUUUUCUCUUCAGAUGAAACUGGAAGCACUUAAACACAUACACGUCAAUUGGCGCAUAAACAAAGGCAAAUUUGCUUGUGAGCCUACAAAUUUUGCCCCUGAAUUUGUUAUUGUUCAGUUGUCAAAUGCAUACAAACAAACUACAAAUAAUUUGGUUACAAUGUGUCAAGUACUUACAGUAGCUAAAACUUAUUUUGACAUUCAUGUGCAGCAUUGUUGUUUUUGUAAUGGGAUGUCGAAAGGAAUCAGGGCCAGAGCUAAACAGAUGAAGGCUAAACCAGGACAACCAAAAACUUGCUGCAAAGUCAUACUCACAGUCUGAUGUUAUAACAAAUGGAACUCAUGAAGUACAAAAAUCCUUAUUGUGGAACUGAUGGGCGCACCCAUGUCAAACUGUAACUGGUGGUCAUUGGAAAUGUGUGCAAUUGAACUUUUCUGACUUUGUUUGAAUACCUGGCGCAAUCAUGGGAAUAUGUCACAGAAUAUCUGGGUUAGGACAAAAAAAGAAAAGACUAACAAAAGAAUGAAGCAUUAUUCACUACAUACUGACCGAAUGAUCAAGAACUUCAAACUAGUUUUCAUUUGUAUGAGGGCCAAGUGCUGUCACUCUCAAAUUGUUACAUCUAACUGAAACAUGAUUGGUUUAAAGCCACUGUGUAUGUAGAUAUGUUGACUUUGUAUUAAAGAAAUGUUGUCUGAAAAAAAAAAAAACUGUUCAUCUGUGAUUUUAUACAAUCAUGUGUCAAUUAAUUCAGCUAAACCUGACAAUCUACUGUAUAGGGCAAAAAUUAUG